CACCGCUGCCAGGCCCUGGGGGGCCUGCCGAGUGGGCGCCGUGGCCUCCCCCGCGCUGAUCGGCCGCUCUGGGCUGGGGGCCUUCGCAGGCUGCCGGUAUCGACAUGCUGCUGGAGGAGGUGGAUGCCGGCGACCGGCUGAGCGGGGCCGCGGCCCGGGGCGACGUGCAGGAGGUGCGCCGCCUUCUGCACCGCCAGCUGAUGCACCCCGACGCCCUGAACCGCUUCGGCAAGACGGCGCUGCAGGUCAUGAUGUUUGGCAGCCCCGCUGUGGCCCUGGAACUGCUGAAGCAAGGUGCCUGCCCCAACGUCCAGGACCGGUCAGGCACCACCCCAGCCCACGAUGCCGCCCGCACUGGAUUCCUGGACACCCUGAAGGUCUUGGUGGAGCACGGCGCCGAUGUCAACGCCCCUGAUGGCACAGGGGCGUUGCCCAUCCAUCUGGCUGUGCAGGAGGGCCAUGCCCCCGUGGUCAGCUUCCUGGCAGCAGAGUCUGAUCUUCAUCAUCAGGAUGCUUGGGGGCGCACGCCUCUGGAGGUGGCGCGGCAGUGUGGGGCUCAGAACCUCAUGGACAUCUUGCAGGGGCGCAGGGUGGCCCCACAGUGACCAAGGUCCUGCCCAGGAGCAUCUCUGAAGAGAAGGGAGAAAACCCCUUCUCCCCUCACCCCUAUGGCCCAGUGUUUUGGGGGUGGGCAUCAGUUUGUGGCUUGUUGGUGUUGAUUUCUGGGGUGUGUUGUGGGUGUGUUUGGGGGACAGUUCUCAUUUGUUUUUCUCACCCCUUUUGGUGUGUUGGACAGAGAGGGGCUCCUGCAUGCGACAGCCAUCUAAACGGUUCGGUUUCUUCAGUCUCCAGCUCCUGGGGCUGCAAACUUGCCCCAGGGCAGAGCAUAAAGCCACUGACUGUGGUUAUUGUCCCCAACUUCGAACACCUUGGGACCUCGGCUGGCUGUAUCCAGAGACCUGAAGGGGGCGCACUACUCUGCGCCCAG